CGGCGAGUCAUUUCUUUCUAGCCUCACGUCUCGCAGCGUUCUUUGCUCGGGCCCGGGCUCCCGUGCAACAACAUCAAGCUCAGAUGGGCCACUGAGCUUCAAUCUUAACAUUUAAUUAUCAUCCUCGACCGUAAUUGCUGGAGAUGAUCAUCAAUGGAACACUGUUAUCCUCCCGAGAUCUGAAACAGGAAGAGGUGCUCGAAUACUAUAUAAUCCAUAUUGUCACCGCCGACAUCUUCAAUGGCAGUACCUAUAGCCGACCGAGUUUUCAUAUCUAUUCUGCUUCGGAUGUUUUUAUAUGGAAUGUAUACCUGCCUCUUCCUAGAAGUAUCAUAUCUGUUAAUAUUCCGGAGGAAGAAACCUAAGGUUGUCAUUAUAAUGAUAAUCUUGAACACCAUCAUGUGGUCCGUCGUAACUACUAAUGUCGCCUUGAAUAUGAACAUCAACGGCGUGAGAUUUCUCCGACAAAACGGCACCGGAAACACUGCAGUUUUUGACAACUAUGCCACGCCCAAGUUAUACUUGCAGUUAGCAUUAGAAGGCAUAAACAUUAUAAUCGGGGACGGUGUGGUAAUAUGGAGAGCGUGGCUUUUGUGGAACCAAAAACGAUGGAUCCUUGUUGUGUCUUCGUUCUUGCUUCUGAGCACAGGUGUGACAAUCGCCAAUGGGACAUAUGCAUUGAGCAUCUCCCCCAUAACACUGAAUAACCUGUUCGACGACCCAAGGCUAUCUGCUUGGGGAAUCGCUGCUAUGAUGCUGACGACAAUCACCAAUCUCUUCGCCACAUCCUUGAUCGUCUAUCGUGCAUGGAUUCAUCACCGAUUACUUCGCUCCGUGUCCGGUGAAUCUGUCGUAUCUCAGUUUUGCAAACAGAAUGGCGUUCUCGCACACUUGAUCGAGUCUCGCGUGUUUUAUUGUGGCACAUGGUUUGUUACAAUCAUUAUUUUUGUCGCUACAAACAACAGAAUACGCCUUAUGUUGGAUGUCCUGUCUCAGCUUACGGCUAUCUAUCCCACUUUAAUUAUCGUCCUUGUAUCCUUGAAAUCUACGCUUGACGUAGCCACAGAAACUUUUGAGCAGACAUGCUGGCAGCCGGAGUCCGUUCCGAGCUCGAGACCUCCAUCGGUCCACGCCCACACCCCAUACCUUGGCCAAGAAACCCACCUCGCUCCCGCGCGUCCACGUCGAAGCUGGCACUGAGUUCCCGCCUCCUGCCACGGUGCGCAAGAGAUUGAGGUGCACCCUCAGCGAUCAUCUUCCCCGCAAGUGCCAGAAACUGCCCAGCACCCCGCUCGUCAAAGCCGAAUCCCCGCCACCCUUCUGCAAGAGGUUGGGUGUCAGUCUUUUUGAGCGUAGUCCUCGGAAGAGGAAGCAUAGCGAAUAUCGAGCGCUGAUCUGUUUCGUUACAAGAC